AUGUCUAAACUGACUCACGCAACCAUCGUCCCACGUCGCUCGUCUGCCCGUGGCCACGCGGACCACGGCUGGCUGAACACCUAUCACACAUUCAGCUUUGCCGACUAUUAUGAUCCUGCCAAUAUGCACUUUGGAGCUCUGCGAGUGCUCAACGAGGAUCGCGUCGCCCCUGGUAGUGGCUUCCCUACACAUCCGCAUCGUGAUGCAGAGAUCUUCAGCUAUAUUCUGAGAGGCGAGCUCACACAUCGAGAUAGUAUGAUACAAAAAGGAGCCGAGGGAAAGCAAGGGAAACAGUUUUAUCGGAUGAAGAGAGGUGAUGUUCAGUUCACAACUGGCGGGUCUGGCAUUGCACAUUCCGAACAAAACGAACAUAAAUCAGAACCAGUACAUUUCCUUCAAAUCUGGGCUACACCUUGGCGCAGAGGACUGCUUCCGCAGUAUCAUACACUUUCUUUCGACGAUAAAUUGAAGCAGAAGGCGUUCCUUCCAAUUCUAUCGCCAUUGGCGGCAGGCGAGAACGCCACGGCAGCUGAGGAAAAAGAAGCAACCCCAAAGAUUCCAGGAACAAUCCCAAUUCAUGCCGAUUUCGUUAUGGGAGCCGGAUUAAUUGGGGUUGAUAAACGGUUUAAAUGGAGAGUCGGAGGACCUACUGAUGACGUUGUCAAGAGUCAAAGCGAUCGAAAUGUCUACAUCCAUUUACCCAUGACCAAGGGUGGAAAUGCGAAGAUCCGACUAGAUGGAAGAGAGGAUGUAGUGCUAUCGGAAGGAGACGGUGCAUUUGUGAAGGGAGUAAAUGUUGGGGAUGAACUUAGUGUGGAGAGUAUAGGCGAGGCAGAGGCAGAGGUCAUUGUUCUAGACAGUAAUUAA